AUGUCGGUUGAUUUAGCUAUUUUUAAACAAAUUGAAGCUUCAAUGGAAGAAGAAUCUAUGAGAAAGGAUGAAAUAUACAGUUGUGUUCGUGAUUAUGAAAAAACUUGUCGAUAUAUUAUGGCAGUUUUGAAUCGAGUUCACUCUGCUUCGUCUGAAGAAGUACCAGAAAUUGCGAAAGAAGCUCUAGGAAGAUUUAAUGAAGUUAAACAACAUUUAGCCAAUUUAUCCAAGAUCGUGCCUCAUCAACAAUUUUAUAAAUAUUAUGAUCAUUGGUGUCGAACACUUCAAAAAUCAUUGUUUAUUGCUGCAUUCGCGAUAUAUUUAUCAUCAGAAAAAUUGAUUUCUUCGGAACAAGUAGAAAAUUUAUGUGGUGUUAAAUUAAAUUUAAAUAAUGACUUACAAGAUUUUCAUAUAACUGUUGAAGAUUUUCUUCAUAGUUUUGUUACUUUAACUGAUGAAUUGUCACGAUUGGCCGUAAAUUCAGUUACUGCAGGAGAUUAUAAUAGACCUUUAAAAAUUUCAAAAUUUGUAAAAGAAUUAUAUACCGGAUUUCAAUUAUUAAACUUGAAAAAUGAUUCAUUAAGAAAAAGAUUUGAUGCUAUUAAGUAUCAUAUUAAAAAAAUUGAAGAAGUCGUGUAUGAUGUUUCACUAAGGAAACUUUCCGGUUCAACUAAUGAUGGUUCAACUGAUGAUACAAUCAUGAAGUAA